UAGGAGUUCUUGUAUUAAGAGUUUAUGAAAAAGCUGCCAUCUGCAAGAUUGAUGACACAUUCAAGUGUGUGUUCAAGUGGUGCCGUCUACACGCAGCAGUAACCGAAGUGUCAUUUCAAGACCUGCCUGUGCAGCUGGUGUCUUUAACACCUGCCCUCAAGGUUUCCGUAGUGGGAGCUGGAGAGCCAACUACAAAAGGCAGAGGGGGGGCUCUGUAAAGACACACACAGUCCGUCCUUUGUCUCUGUGCCACCAUGAUCCACGCGUGCUGCAUCCUAUACGUCCUUUUGAUGGUCACUCUCGCUGGGGCUUCUGAGAGUGGCAUAGUAGGUGGUAAAGUUACAAAGCCUCAUUCUAGACCCUACAUGGCUUCACUCCAGUACCAAGGAAAACAUUCAUGUGGUGGGAUCCUUAUUCGGGAGGACUUCGUUCUCACUGCAGCGCACUGCCAAGACUCUCAAACCAUGACAGUGGUACUCGGAGCACAUGACGUAACUAAGAAAGAGAAAAGUCAGCAACAUAUCAAAGUGGCCAAGUACUAUCCAUAUCAAAAAUUCGAUGGAACAAUCGACUAUGACAUUAUGUUACUGAAGUUGGAAAACAAUGCAACACUGAAUAAGUACGUGAAAACCAUCGGACUACCAAAGAAAAAUGGGAAAAUCCCAGCGAAGAUCAAAUGUGUUGUUGCCGGCUGGGGUAAAACUGGACCCAAUGAGUCUGCCUCACCUGUUCUGAAGGAAGCCACGGAGACGAUUCAGUUCCCCUCUGAGUGCAAUAAGAUAUGGCAAAAAUAUUUCACUUCUGCACGAAUGAUUUGCACCACAUUUGGCAAAAAGGGAGGCGUUUGCCAGGGUGAUUCUGGUGGACCAAUCCUCUGCAACAAUAAGGUUCAAGGUUUAACAGCUUUUACAAGGAUAAAUGAGUGUGAUAAUCCAAAGUACCCCCAUGUCUUCACAAAAGUUAAUUUCUACUCUGCCUGGAUUAAUGAAACGAUGAAGAACUAAAAGUUGAUUUAUUCUGCCUUCUCUUCAUGAGCUCAUUAAAUCAUGUGGCUUAGUACAGAAAUGAAAAAUGAAUUGUAUUAGAUUUGGAAAUUUUUUGAAAAAAUGCACUUUACUGCAAAUUUCCUGCUAUUUACAUGAUUAUUGUUAUUAGCUGCAGUAUACACAAGUGAGACACAAGAGGUGGGUGGGGUGUUGAGUGAGCGUGACGGCUGACUCGUCGCAUAAAAUCCCGCAGCUGUGAUCACACCGCAGACCACCGUCAGUCAUAGUGCAGACUUUUGAAGUUGAACCGUUUUCUGUCUGUGAAACCAGUCAUCUGCAGAAGAAGAAAAAAAGAAAAGGUGCAGUGAAAGGAAUAGUUCCCCUUACAUUUACAAUUUAAUCUAUGUCAGUCAAGACUACGUUUUCACUUAGAAGUGAGAAUUUCUUCAGCAGAACAAUACAGUGCGGAACAACAGGGAAUUUAUUCAUCGUAAUUUUUGUUAAAACUAAUAAUAAAUAACAAUAAACUGUGCAACUCUCA